AUGGCAUCGCAGAUGUUUGUGUUGAAGCGAAGCGGGGAGAAGCAGGAUGUGAAGUUCGACGCAAUUACUCAGCGGCUGCAGCCUCUAUGCGAAGGCUUGGAUAGCAAGUACAUCGACCCUGUCAUGGUCACCCAGAAGGUCAUCGAAGGCUUCUUCCCGGGGAUUUCCACCGCGGAGGUGGACACCCUCGCAGCGGAGACGUGCGCUUACAUGUCUCAGAAGCAUCCGGACUUCUCGGUGCUCGCGGCGCGCAUUGCCAUCUCGAACUUGCACAAGAACACCUCGGCUUCAUUCUACGAGACCUGCAAGAUUCUGCACGAGUAUCGCGACCAGCAGGGCAGGCCCGCAUCUCUCCUGGCCGAAGAUGUGUGGGAGUUCAUCGCAGAGAAUGCAGAGGCUUUGGACCAGGCCGUGGACUACACGCGGGACCUCGGCUACGACUAUUUCGGCUUCAAAACGCUGGAGAAGUCUUACUUACUGAGGGUCCACAACAAGAUAGUGGAGCGCCCGCAGCACCUCAUCAUGCGCGCGGCCUGCGGCAUCCACUGCGGAGACCUGCAGGCAGCCUUGGAGACGUACGACCUGAUGUCAAGGAAGUUCUUCACCCAUGCGACGCCGACUCUGUUCAACGCCGGUACGCCAGCACCACAGAUGUCCUCGUGCUUCUUGCUGAAGAUGCAGGGCGACAGCAUCGAAGGCAUCUAUGACACCCUGAAACAGUGCGCUCUGAUUUCCAAAUCCGCCGGUGGCAUUGGCGUGGCCAUCUCCAACAUCCGGGCCAGCGGCUCCUACAUCCGGGGCACCAACGGUCACAGCAAUGGCCUGGUCCCCAUGCUGCGGAACUUCAACGAGACGGCCCGAUAUGUGGAUCAGGGUGGCGGCAAGAGGAAGGGAUCCUUCGCCAUGUACCUGGAGCCUUGGCACGCGGAUGUUAUGGACUUCCUCGAGCUUCGGAAGAACCACGGGAAAGAAGAGCAGCGCGCCCGCGAUCUCUUCUACGGCCUUUGGAUCCCAGACCUCUUCAUGAAGCGGGUGAAGGAGAACCAAGACUGGACCCUCUUCUGCCCAAAUGAGGCCUUCGACAAGUCCACGGGCAAGGGCCUCAUGGACGUUUGGGGUGAGGAGUUCGAGGCCAUGUACACGCGCCUGGAGAAGGAAGGAAAGGGCCGAAAGACGGUGAAGGCUCAGCACCUCUGGUUCCGUAUCCUUGAGUCCCAGAUGGAGACUGGCACCCCCUACAUGCUCUACAAGGACCACGCGAACCGGAAGUCCAAUCAAAAGAACCUGGGCACCAUCCAUUGCUCGAACCUUUGCACCGAGAUCAUUGAGUACACCUCGGACGACGAAGUGGCGGUGUGCAACCUUGCCUCCAUCUCGCUUCCCAGCUUCGCAAGCUCAGAGGGCGCGGCUUACGACUUCCAGAAGCUGUACGAGGUGACCAAGGUUGUGACGAAGAACUUGAACAAGGUGAUUGAUCGCAACUACUAUCCCGUGGAGGCAGCCAGAAACUCGAACAUGCGGCACCGCCCUGUCGGUCUGGGUGUCCAGGGGCUGGCGGAUGCCUUCCUGAUGAUGAAGCUGCCCUUUGAGAGCGAGGAAGCGAAGCGACUCAACGAGGACAUCUUUGAGACCAUCUACUUCGCAGCCUGCGAGGCAUCGUGCGAGUUGGCGGAAAUCCACGGUCCUUACCAGACAUACCACGGCAGCCCGGCAAGCCAGGGCACUCUCCAGUUCGACAUGUGGCAGAGAGCUCCCAAGAGCGGGCGUUGGGACUGGCAGGCGUUGAAGGCCAAGAUUGCGAAGCAUGGCCUGCGGAACUCCCUGCUGGUCGCUCCCAUGCCGACGGCCAGCACGGCACAGAUCUUGGGCAACAACGAAUCUUUCGAGCCGUACACGCAGAAUCUCUAUGUUCGCCGCGUGCUCUCGGGCGAGUUCGUCCAGGUGAACAGGCAUCUCCUUCGAGACCUCAUCGAGCGUGACCUGUGGAACGAGGACAUGAGGCUGAAGCUCAUUGCCCACAAUGGAAGCGUCCAGGCGCUGGAUCUUCCAGAGGACAUCAAACAGCUGUACAAGACUGUCUGGGAGAUCCGGCAGCGUGCCGUCCUAGACAUGGCAGCAGAUCGGGGUGCAUACAUCGACCAGUCGCAGUCCCUGAACAUUCAUAUGGUUGACGUCACAACUGCCAAGCUCUCUUCGAUGCACUUCCAUGGAUGGAACCUGGGACUGAAGACCGGCUUGUACUACCUCAGGACAAUGGGAUUUGUUUGGGGGCACACCCCAAGGGUUUAG